AUGGGAUUUAUUGAUGAUGAACUUCAGCAAGUAUCAAAAUUCUGUGAGAAUAUCGUCAAAGAUAGUCGACUUGUUUCCUGUGUUCCAGCUAUGGUCCGAGCAGAAAUAACACGCACAACAUUUAAGAAAAUAAUUGUUUGCAUACAAUUUCCGAGCGAUUACCCUCAAGAGCCGCUUUUGAUUGAAUUGAAAAGUAAAACACUGUCACCUAAGUUAUUAUUGAAGCUGACUGAAGUUUGCGAAAAAGAAUGUAAGAAUUUAAUAGGGAAAACGCAGGUGAACUUAAUUAUUUUAAUUGCCAUUUUACCAACACUUAAAUUAAUUCAAAAUUUCAUUGAAGACAAUCCUCUAAUUUGUUGCUACGACGAAAUAUCAUUGUUAAAAAAACUUCUCAAUGAAAAAGAUAGUUUCAAAUUAAAACAAAAAUCAUCGUCAAUUUUUUUGGAAAUUUAUCAAGAUAAUUAUUUUUACAAAUUUAAAAUAAUUUUACCUGAUAAUUAUCCAUUGGAAUCAGUAAGUAUAAGAGAUGUUGAAACUAAUUUUCCACCGUUGUUCGCACGUUACUUUAUUGGUCAAGCUCAAGAGUUAGGGCGUCGUUGUGUGGAACCGCCGCUCAGAAAACAAAUUAAUCAAGUAUUCUCUCCGUCACCUUCAUUAAACUGUGUGGUAUCUUUUAUAAUAAGAGUCGUGAAGUUAUUACCCAAUGAGAAAUGUCAAUGGUGCAAAGGUUUAUGUCUUCCAGUCAACCCAGCUCAGGCGGUUUUGGAUGAAAAUGCAGACUUACAUGUAGAAAGACUCUACUGUGGUCAUCUUUUUCAUCUGCAAUGCCUUUUAAAAUAUAUGAAGACGCCUCCUUUUCAUGGCGGUAAAAAAUGUCCAACCUGCGGACAACGAGUUUAUCAUGAUAAAUGGGCAGUAAGUGACAAACUUGCAGAAGACCGAUGGGCUCAUGAACAAGCUCGUGCCCGUGAGCUAGCCGAGGUCGCCGAUUUUUUCGAAUGA